AUGGAAGACAAAGUUAUCAACAUCUUUUACCUCUUCAUUUUUCUCAUCACUUUAAAGCUAUUAUUCUUCAGAAAAAGAUUAAAAAACCCACCCCCAUGUCCACCGUCUCUUCCGAUAAUAGGCAACCUUUAUCAGCUAAGGAAACAGCCACUUCACCGCACCUUGCACGGCCUCUCACAGAAAUACGGCCCAAUCCUCUCUCUCCGCUUCGGAUCUCAACCCGUCCUCCUCGUUUCAUCCGCAUCCGCCGCGGAGGAAUGUUUCACCAAAAACGACAUCGUUUUCGCCAACCGUCUUCACUCUACUGCGAGCAAGUAUCUUGGCUUCAACCACACCAUUAUCACAGCAUCAUCGUACGGCGACCACUGGCGCAACUUGCGUCGUAUCAGCUCCCUCGAGAUCCUCUCCAAUCACCGUCUUAACUCCUUUUUGGGAGUGCGAAAGGACGAGACGAUGAAGUUGCUAAGAAAGCUGGCUAGGAUCUCUGGUAAAGAAGAUUUAAGGAAAGUGGAGCUGAGACCAAUGUUUACGGAACUGACGUUCAACGUUGUGAUGAGAAUGGUGUGUGGGAAACGCUACUACGGCGAGGAAUUCGACGGGACCAACGCUGAGGAGGCUAAGAAGUUCAGAGAGAUCAUGAAUGAGAUAUCGCAGUUUGGAUUGGGGUCAAACCUUGGAGAUUUUGUGCCGCUUUUCAGAGUGUUCAGUAGUCACAAAAAGUUUAGAAAGGUCGGAGAGAAGCUAGAUGCGUUCUUCCAAGGACUCAUCGAUGAGCAUCGGAAUAAGAAGGAAAGUUCAAAUACCAUGAUAGGCCAUUUGCUUUCCUCCCAGGAGUCGCAACCUGAGUAUUACACUGACCAAAUUAUCAAGGGACUCAUUAUGGCAUUAUAUGUGGCUGGAACAGAGACUUCCGCAGUAACAUUAGAGUGGGCGAUGUCACAUUUGUUGAAGCAGACUGAGGUAUUGGAGAAAGUAAGGAUUGAAAUAGACAUGGAAAUUGGAGAAGAGCGUUUGAUAGAGGAAGCAGAUGUUACCAAAUUACAAUAUCUUCAGAAUGUUAUAUCCGAGACUCUACGAUUGCAUCCCCCAUUGCCAAUGUUGUUGCCCCAUUUAUCCUCUCAAGAUUGCAAGGUGGGAGGUUAUGACGUGCCAGGUAACACCAUGUUAAUGGUGAAUGCUUGGGCCAUACAUAGGGACCCGGAGUUGUGGGCUGACCCGACAAGCUUUAAGCCCGAGAGGUUUGAGAAUGACCCAGUGGAUGGUCACAAAUUGAUCCCUUUUGGGUUGGGAAGAAGGGCAUGUCCUGGUGCGGGCAUGGCCGACAGAAUUCUAGGCUUGACUUUGGGCCUGUUGAUUCAGUGUUUUGAGUGGAAAAGGGUGGGUGAAGAAGAAAUUGACCUGAGUGAAGGACGAGGAACAAUUGUUCCCAAGGCUAUUCCAUUGGAGGCUCAAUGCAAAGCACGUCCAAUCGUUAGCAAGAUCUUCUAA